UUCAUAACAAAAAUAACACCACAACGCUCUCCUCACUUUGUUUCUUCGUCUUCCCUUCUCUCCUCCUUCACUCUCAAUUUGACGCUUUCUCAUCCUUCUUCCUCGUUAAUGGAUCCCACUAGAGCUUUUGUGAAAAGUGUCAAACGAGUUAUCGUCAAGGUUGGAACAGCCGUGGUUACUCGUAGUGAUGGAAGAUUAGCAUUGGGAAGACUUGGAGCUCUCUGCGAACAGCUUAAAGAGCUAAAUGAUAAGGAUUAUGAGGUUAUACUAGUGACUUCAGGUGCAGUUGGUCUUGGCCGACAGAGACUAAGAUAUCGAAGAUUGGUCAACAGCAGCUUUUCGGAUCUUCAAAAUCCACAAGGAGAUCUUGAUGGGAAAGCAUGUGCAGCUGUUGGGCAGAGUAGUCUCAUGGCUCUCUACGAUAUCAUGUUUAGUCAGCUUGAUGUAACUUCGUCCCAACUUCUUGUAAACGAUGGGUUCUUUAGGGAUACAGCUUUCAGAAAACAAUUGUCAGACACUGUGAGCGCAUUAUUGGAUUUAAGGAUUAUCCCCAUUUUCAACGAAAACGAUGCCGUUAGUACUAGGAAGGCGUCCUACGAGGGCAAGAACUGUCUGCAGGAUUCUUCUGGUAUCUUCUGGGACAAUGACAGUUUGGCAGGUCUAUUGGCUCUAGAACUUAAAGCUGACCUCCUUGUUCUAUUGAGUGAUGUUGAGGGUCUUUAUAGUGGCCCUCCAUCUGACCCUAAGUCAAAGUUAAUUCACACGUAUGUAAAAGAAAAACAUCAAAGAGAAAUUACUUUCGGAGAAAAGUCAACAUACGGAAGAGGGGGUAUGACUGCGAAAGUCAACGCGGCUGUUUGUGCUGCUUUUGCUGGCACACCUGUGAUUAUUACCAGUGGCUUUGCUACAGACAACAUCAUAAGAGUGCUUCGAGGGGAAAGAAUUGGUACUAUCUUCCAUAAAGAUGCUCAUUUGUGGACCAGUAUAAAGGAAGUGAGUGCUCAUGAUAUGGCAGUUGCAGCACGAAAUAGUUCUAGACGACUUCAGCUCCUAAAUUCUGAAGAAAGAAGAAAAAUAUUGCUGGCAAUAGCUGAUGCAUUAGAGACUAAUGAAGGUGCGAUAAGGCUUCAGAAUGGAGCUGAUGUUGCUGAUGCAGAGGAGCUGGGAUAUAACAAAGCACUCAUAUCACGUUUAACCCUGAGACCCGAGAAGAUCUCCAGUCUUGUAAAGUCUGUUCGCCUUCUGGCUAACAUGGAAGAACCCAUUGGUCAGAUUUUAAAGAGAACUGAGCUUGCAGACAAACUCGUCCUGGAAAAAAUAUCAUGUCCUUUAGGUGUUCUCCUUGUUAUAUUUGAAUCUCGACCGGAUGCCCUUGUUCAGAUAGCUGCAUUGGCAAUUCGAAGUGGAAAUGGUUUACUUCUUAAAGGAGGAAAGGAAGCCAAACGAUCAAAUGCAAUCUUACACAAGGUUAUUACUUCUGCUAUUCCAGAUACAGUGGGUGCCACACUCAUUGGGCUUGUGACUUCAAGAGAAGAGAUUCCAGAUCUGCUCAAGCUUGAUGACACGAUAGAUCUAGUAAUCCCUAGAGGCAGUAAUAAGCUUGUUUCUCAAGUCAAGGAGGCAACAAAGAUUCCUGUCCUUGGUCAUGCUGAUGGAAUAUGUCAUGUAUACGUUGACAAAUCAGCAAAUAUCGAUAUGGCAAAGCAGAUUAUUAGGGAUGCAAAGACUGAUUACCCUGCGGCUUGCAAUGCAAUGGAAACCCUUCUUGUACACGAAGAUCUGUCAAGGAAUGGUGGACUUGUUGAACUUGUUGCUGAACUCCAACGCCAAGGCGUUGAAGUAUAUGGUGGACCAAGAGCCUCUACCUUGUUAAAUAUUGCUCAAACAAAAUCUUACCAUCUGGAGUAUAGCUCACUAGCUUGUACAGUUGAAAUUGUAGAUGAUGUAUUUGCUGCCAUCGACCACAUAAAUCAACAUGGAAGUGCACAUACUGAAUGCAUUGUUGCAGAAGACUGUGAAGUUGCUGAAGCUUUCUUACGUCAGGUUGACAGUGCUGCUGUAUUCCACAACGCAAGUACAAGGUUUUGUGAUGGAGCACGAUUUGGCCUUGGUGCAGAGGUUGGAAUAAGCACAAGCCGAAUUCAUGCGAGAGGUCCUGUCGGGGUUGAAGGGUUGUUAACAAACAGAUGGAUAUUGAGAGGAAACGGGCAUGUGGUAAAUGGUGAUCGAGGGAUCACCUAUACGUACAAGAAUCUACCAGUAAAAGCAUAAAUGCGCAGCUAGAGAUUGGUAAGGAUUAUCGUCAUUCACCUCAUUAAACCAGCAGCAAUUUUUCUGUUAUAUUUUUCUCGUACAGAAGUUUCUGCUGCCAUCCGUGCAGUGUAUAUUUUGACUUCCAUUUACCCCUUCCCAGAUUUUUUUUCCUCAUCUGGAACAUGCUUAGGGGGAAAUAAAAUAACUGCACGAAUGAUUAGGCUAUGUACUCGGGAUUUUUUUUUUUUUAUUAAAGUACUACUUGAGAUUGUGAAACAGCAAUGCAGUGACAAAUAGGAUUAUAUAUUUAUGGUUUUGAACAGGA